CUUGAAGACUAUCAUUUGUUUGGGCUGUUUUUUUCCCCAACGAACAAGACAUGUCUGCCACCCAAGAGACUCACAGUCAGUCGACAGGACUCAAACGAACGCGCUGAACCUGAACAAAGCUACGGCUUCGAGAACUAUCCGGAAAGACGAGGCGGAAAGAAGUCCGAAAGUUGGCUGCGAAUCGCGCUGUUGGGUGAAGGUCGAGAGAGCUUCGACAACAUCCGCUGCGAAAAGAAUGUCGUGAAGUGCAUCAAGGAGAGUCCCCUGGUAAAGCUGAUGAUAAGUGCUCUAAAAAGUGCCGGCUGUGACAUAGACAUUCGACGAAACAUCUGCUGUGAGCCGUGCGAGGGUCUUGUGACGGGUGGCUUUGACACAGAGUAUAACCAGGUUGUUGUAUGCCAGAAUAAGGCCAGGUCGAAGGGCUUGGUUCAGGGUGUGCUUGCCCAUGAGCUCAUGCACAUGUUUGACUAUUGCCGUGCCCACAUGGAUUUCAAGAAUAUGGAUCACCUUGCCUGUACAGAGAUUCGUGCUGCGAAUUUGUUUCACUGUUCCUUCAUGAGUGCCAUGUCACAAGGUUCAGCAAGCCCCUUCAAUAUAGCAAAGUCCCAUGCAGAAUGUGUCAAGCAGAAGGCGGUGAAUUCCAUCGUUGUGGCGAGGAGUGUUUCAGAAGAAGAGGCAAGAAGUGCUGUUGAUCGUAUUUUUGACAAGUGCUACAAUGACCUCGAACCUGUGGGAAGGCGGAUACGUAGAAAUUCACCACACAUGCAAUGGGCAUAUCGUGAACGAUAUCAUUAUGGAUAUGAUGAAUAAAUAGUCUGUUUUGUAGCCACAGUGUAAUUAGAGCUCUCUAUGAGGACUCUACCGGUGCCACAAGAGGCCAUGUUCAUAUUAUCUGCAGAUAUUCUGCAUGUAGACUAGGACUGAUUUUAUAAGUUUAAUAAAAAAAUAUUCUUGUUUCAAA